AUGAUCACGGCGGAUCCCGACAUCGGUCCGACGAUGGUGCGGCUGGCGUGGCACUCGUCGGGCACGUACGACAAGAUGAGCAAGACCGGCGGCAGCGGCGGCGGCACCAUCCGCUUCAAGGAGGAGCUGGCGCACGGAGGCGACCGCGCGACAUAUCCGCGAUACUCCUCCCCUCUCCACCUCACUCUGCUCGCUCCGCCUUCGGAGGCACAUUGUAGCAUCUCGUACGCCGAUCUCUACACGCUCGCCGGCGCCACCGCCAUCGAGGCUGCCGGCGGGCCGACCGUGACUGUGCCCGACGCGGACAAGGGCUCGCCCGCCAAGACGCUGAGCCACUUGCGGAUGGACAUCUUCUACCGCAUGGGCUUCGACGACCGCGAGAUUGUCGCGCUUUCGGGAGCCCACGCCCUGGGCCGCCGCCGAAUUCCCCACGCGCUCGGCCGCUGCCACCCCGACGCUUCCGGCUACAGCGGCCCGUGGACCCCGACGCCGACCGUGCUGACCAACGGGUACUACGCGCUGCUUCUCUCGCUGCCGUGGACGCUCAAGGAGUGGGACGGGCCGAUGCAGUUCGAGGACCCGUCGGGGAAGCUGAUGAUGCUGCCCUCGGACAUCGCCCUCAUCCAGGACAAGAAGAUGCGGCAGUACGUGCAGAUGUACGCCAAGGACAAGGAGCUCUUCUUCAAGGAGUUUGCCGCCGCCUUCCAGAAGCUCGAGGAGCUCGGCACCAAGAAUCUCAAGACGGUCGCGCUGGCGUGA